UUUUUUUUCUCCUGACGACAAUUUGGUUGCUUUUUUGCCCCCUCUCUCUCUCUCUCAUCUCAUCAGACAGAGAAAGAGCGAUAUGAACCUCGUUUUCUGAAAACUUCAGACUGGUGGAAGCGAACACGUACUGUUGGGAGCAGUGUGCGCAGAGCCUGUUUUUGCUGAAACAAAAGCGGAAAAAUAAUCGAUGUGAGAGUGCUGGUGGGAAGUGUUUUCGUCUGUUUUAAAAAAAAAAAAAGUCUUUCACCGGCUGUGAGUCGCAGAGAGAAAGAAAGGAGUGGACGAAAGCUGGGGACACAGAGGAAUGCUAUGGUCCAGACCCAAGCCCUGUAAGAUUCUCUUGCAUGGAAACUCUUCUUCCUUGGCAACCUUCUCCUCUCCCUAGAGCCACCAUCCAGCAUGGCAGGAUGAGCCUCUGCCAGCGAUAAUGAUGGCGAAAAAGCAAGAUGUCCGGGCACCCACCUACAAUCUGGUCGUGGUUGGGCUGUCCGGCACGGAAAAGGAAAAAGGCCAAUGUGGUGUGGGCAAGUCCUGCAUAUGUAACCGCUUUGUCAGGCCAAGUGCUGAUGACUUCUACCUGGACCAUACUUCUGUUCUCAGCACCAGUGACUUUGGAGGCCGAGUGGUGAACAAUGAUCACUUCCUUUUCUGGGGAGAGGCUGGGCGGGUGAUGGAGGAGGGGCCAGAAUGCCGUAUGAAUGUGGUGGAGCAGACAGAGUUCAUAGAUGAUCAGACGUUCCAGCCUCACCGAAGCACGGCCCUCCAACCUUACAUCAAGAGAGCGGCUUCCUCCAAGCUGGCUUCUGCUGAAAAGCUGAUGUACUUUUGCACAGAUCAACUGGGGCUUGAGCAAGACUUUGAGCAGAAACAGAUGCCCGAAGGCAAGAUUAUGGUUGAUGGCUUCUUACUCUGUGUGGAUGUCAGCAGGGGCAUGAACCGUAGCUUUGAGGACCAGAUGAAGUUUGUUACCAACCUGUACAACCAGCUAGCCAAAACGAAGAAACCUGUGGUACUGGUUCUUACCAAAUGUGAUGAAGGAGUUGAGCGCUAUAUUAAAGACUCUCACACCUUUGCCCUGGCCAAGAAGAACCUACAGGUGGUAGAAACAUCAGCAAGGUCUAAUGUGAAUGUUGAUCUAGCUUUUCUUACACUGGUUCAGCUUAUAGACAAGAGUAGGGGGAAACCCAAAAUUAUCCCUUACUUUGAGGCACUGAAACAGCAGAGUCAACAGAUUGCCUCAGCCAAAGACCGCUAUGAGUGGCUGGUCAACCGAAUUGUUAAGAACCACAAUGAGUCAUGGCCCAAUGUCAGUCGUCGCAUGCAGUCUGCCCCUGAGUACAAGGAAUAUGUUUUCCUUGAGGGGACGGCUAAAGCCAAGAAGCUCUUCCAGCAGCAUGUGCAUAGACUUAAACAAGAUCAUAUAGAAAAACGAAGGAAGGCUUACUUAAGUACACUACCACAAGCCCUGUCUGUGAUGUUACCAGAGUUGGAUGAGAUAGACCACCUGAGCUGGUCUGGAGUUCAGAAAGUCCUGGAGACAAAGAGAGAUUUCUCUCAGUGGUUUGUAGUGCUAGAUGACACCCCUUGGGAAACCACACCACACAUUGACAACAUGGAGGAUGAUCGAAUUCCCCAGGACCUCCUGGAGACAUCCGCAGCUGAAGCUAUCUAUGAGACCCAUCUGGAGCAGCUGAGAAAUGAGCGCAAACGGGCUGAGAUGAGAUGGGAGUUCAAGGAAAAGCUUAGUGUUUCUCCUUUCAUCACACCAGGAAAACCCUGGGAGGAGGCCCGGAGCUUCAUCAUGAAUGAAGACUUCUACCAGUGGCUUGAUGAGGCUGAAUAUCUGGAUAUUUACAACAAACACCAGAAAGAAAUCAUUGACCGAGCCAAAGAGGACUUUCAAGAACUACUUCUUGAAUACUCUGAGCUCUUUUAUGAGCUGGAAGUGGAUGCAAAGCCAAGUAAAGAAAAAAUGGGUGCCAUUCAGGAGGUGUUGGGUGAGGAGCAAAGGUUCAAAGCCCUGCAGAAGCUACAGGCAGAAAGGGAUGCUCUGGUAUUGAAACAUAUCCACUUUGUCUACCACCCAACAAAGGAUACUUGUCCCAAUAGCCCUCACUGUGUGGACAGCAAGAUAGAGCAAAUACUUGCCUCCAGAUUCCCUACCCGCUAUGCAUCGUCAGACAGUUCAAGGCUUGAAGGGGGAAGGGCAGAACGAAUAAAUCUUGUCAUCCUAGGGAAAGAUGGACUAGCUCGAGAGAUGGCAAAUGAGAUAAGAGCUUUGUGCAGCAGUGAUGAUAGAUAUGUUUUAGAUGGCAAGAUGUAUGAGCUAGCCCUUCGUCCUAUUGAAGGUAAUGUACGUCUGCCAGUCAAUUCAUUCCAUACACCAACCUUUACACCCCAUGGUUGCCUGUGUUUAUACAACUCAAAGGAAUCCCUCUCUUAUGUUGCUGAGAGUUUAGAAAAACUUAGGGAGUCAACAAUAAGCAGAAGGGAAAGGGAAAACAGCUUAGCCCAACUCCCGCUAUCCCUCCUUCUGGUAACCAAACGUGGGGUGGGCUCCAUAGGGGAUAUUGGGGGGGAGACAGCUCAGACUCUUAUCCAUCAAGGGCAACAGGUGGCUGGAAAGCUGCAGUGUGCUUACCUAGACCCUGCCUCUCCAGGCGUGGGCUAUGGGCGCAAUGUCAAUGAGAGGCAGAUCAACCAAUUGCUGAAGGGCAUCUUAGAAUCAAGGAGAAGCAUAGGUAGCAGCUCCCCUCCCUUACCUCCUCCAUCGUCUGCCUUCAGAGACUCUCAGUCCCAACCAUCACUAGAGGCAGACCUUAGGAUAGUCAUGUGCCUGAUGUGUGGAGACACAUAUGACCUAGACCAGCUACUUGCCCCCUUCCUGUUGCCCCAGCAUUGUCGGCCGGCCUCCAGCCUCAGCAGCGGCACCACUGUUUUACUAGAUUUCAAUGUAGGAGGUCAGAGGCAGAAUAUUGAGCUGUCACUGCUGUCCUUCCAUUCCUCAUUUUCCCUCCGCAAGACUAGGCUAGUCCACGGCUACAUUGCCGUUUACUCUGCUCGCCGCAAGGCCUCUAUGGAGACAUUAUGCGCUUUCCUGUGUGAGGUCCAAGACAUCAUCCCAGUCCAGUUGCUAGCAGUAGGGGAGAGCCAGAUGGAGCUGUCAGACUCAGAGUCAGCUAAAGAGCAGAUCAGCCAGGGAGAGGAACUGGCUCAUGAAAUAGAGGCGAGGUUUAACACAGUAAUAUGUGGACAUGGUGGAGUGGUAGGGGGACUUCAUAAAAUAGACCUUUUCCAACCCUUCCUCAAAGAGGUGGUAGAGAAGCGCACUAUUGUAGAGGCCACUCACAUGUAUGAUAAUAUUGCUGAGGCUUGUACCAGUGAGAGCAUCAGCCCUCGCUGUGGCUCUCCUAGUCCAGUUAACAUUCUUAUGGACUCAGAGGACGAUAUCGAUCCAUCCCCACCUUACCCUACCCUGCGGGAAGAUGGUAGUCUGAGUUCUCACCUGGGAAGCUUCAAAUUACCAGAUCUGGAUUCAAGUGAUACCUUCUCUGUUAUUUCUGAGCUUAGCACCUUUGAGAGCAAGCUUAACAACAAGGUUCCUCCUCAAGUGAAGCCCAAGCCCGUCCGUAAGGUCAACCUUGGCCCCUACAUGGACCAGCAGGGUGGCACCAACCGCCGCUCUCAAGCUGUCACCUGGGCUCCAGGCAGCGAUGGUGGAUAUGACCCCUCGGACUAUGCUGAACCUAUGGAUGCUGUGAGCAAACCUCGGCCCACAGAAGAGGAAAAUAUUUACUCUGUACCUCAUGACAGCACACAGGGCAAGAUUAUCACCAUUCGCAACGCCAACAAAGGUCAUUCCAAUGGUAGUGCAGGCGGGAAUGGGUCAGACAGCGAGGCUGAUAGCAGCUCACUGGAGCGCAGGAGAAAAUUGUCAGCCAUUGGGGUAAAGCCUAAACUUUACAGAGACCGAUCCAAACGGCUUGGGAAGUUCAGCAGUUUUAGGACAAGCUUCUCUAUAGGCAGUGAUGACGAGAUGGGUGGUCCCCCCAAGGCAAGCCAAGAUGAUGGAGGAGCCCAAAAGGAAAACUCAAUUGAAGAGACUGAGGACCCCAAAAGGAGAAAUAUUCUCAAGAGCCUUCGAAGAAAUGCAAAGAAACCAAGAUCCAAACCCAGGCAUUCAAUCUCCAAACCCAUCGAAAGCAACUACUUUGGCAUGCCAUUGACCAGCGUGGUCAGUCUGGAGAGGCCCAUCCCUGUCUUCAUUGAAAAGUGCAUCCGUUUCAUUGAAACAACAGGAUUAUUGACGGAGGGCAUCUACAGGGUGAGCGGCAACAAGGCAGAGAUGGAGAGCAUGCAGCGGCAAUUUGACCAAGACCACAGCCUGGACCUGGUGGAGAAAGACUUUUCCAUCAACACAGUAGCAGGAGCCAUGAAGGCCUUCUUCUCCGAGUUACCUGACCCUCUGGUGCCCUACAGCAUGCAGGGAGAGCUGGUGGAGGCCUUCAAGCUCAACGAUAGGGAACAGCGCUUCCAGACGAUGAAGGACAUUCUGCGCCGCUUCCCCAGGGAGAAUUAUGAAGUCUUCAAAUAUGUCAUCAGCCACUUGAACAAGGUGGGCCAGAACUACAAGCAGAACCUGAUGACUAGUGAGAACCUCUCCAUCUGUUUCUGGCCGACUCUGAUGAGACCAGACUUCACUACCAUGGACGCCCUGACAGCCACACGCACCUACCAGACAAUCAUCGAAGGCUUCAUCCACCAGUGCGCAUACUUCUUCUACAAUCAGCCGCUGGCUGACGGCCUCCCAGGGUCCCCCACCUCCACGCUCUCCUCCUCCUCUUCUUCAGCUUACUCCUGCAUGGCCGGUGGCUACUCAUCCUCUCCAACUCCGUCGCCAACUCCCUACGUCUUCCCCGCCACCCCUCCUGUCAUCCCACACUAUGGCCCCCCUAUCCACCACCACCACCUUCACCACCACCAUCAACAUCAGUCCCCGCCCCACUCCCCACCUCCUACUCCUCAGUCUCCGCUACCAGCCCUGUUGCCACCCUCUCUGCACCCCCAUCACCCCCCUACGGAACAACACACACUGUGAACCAGGGAUCAAGGGAAUAAUAGAAUAAAAAAAAACAAAGACAGAAAACAAGAUUUAAGGAUUUAAGGAUAAGAGAUUUUUGGUGAGAAAAUUGAAGUAGAUGAAUUGAAAUGAGAACAGGAAGUGGGAUGAGAGGUUGGGAGAUAUUUAGUGAGAUGCAGUAUGUACAGGGAGAAAUCUACAUGUUUGGGAGAAGGAGAAGAAAUAGAAGAAGAAGAAGAAGAAGAUGGGCUGUUUGACCCUCUUGCUUUUAGAAAAACUGGACAGACACACAAGGCAGAAAAGGGGAAAUCACUGAACUGGCAGUAUCUUCCUCUCUCCUCACAACUUCAUCCUUUUGUCUCACUCCAUCUAGACGUGCCCUCCUUGCCUUAUAGAGAACCUUCACACAAACACACUAUAGAUGAGUGAGACUAUGGCAGAAACUGUUAAAGGGACUUAGGGAGGGACUCAGGAGUAAUGUGCAAGAGGAUUUGAACUAUGUUAUGUUGAGAUUUCGUCACUACACACACAAACAAAACACCCAGUGGCCAGUGUGCCUCCGACAACCAUUCUCCUCAAUCCCUUCGCCUCGAACUUUGCUGGGAAUUAAGAUGGGCUGCACGUGUUAUUUUUGCAAACGUAUCCACCUGCUAUAACGACCUGGAGGCCACAACUGGGAAGGAUUCAAGCAGAGAGCGAGUCCUUGAACACAUCUUAGUUUAUUUUGCCACUGCACAUGAGGACUUAAGCAAGAGACACGUGUUGCUACUCACCCGACAGGAUGUUCUGUCCUCCUCAUCUCACACAUUCCUAUCUAUCAACCCCACACGCAGCAACACACACACAGAUACAUUUGAGUUUCAAUUGUGGCAGUAUGCCAAGCACAGAGGAAAAAAAAAAAAUCCAAACUGACUGGAUCUGCUAGGAAGCAAAUUGGAGCCUGGGAUUAUGGGGGCUCUUACACCUCAGGCAUUCUGGGAAGGCUCCACCUGGUGUCCUGUUUGCUCUUUCUCUCAUGGCUUGAACUUCGACCUCCUGGCUAACACACAAAAAAAGCUUAAAAAGGGGAAUUUUAAAACAGUUAAAAUCUUGUUUCUUAAUUUGCAUUUAUUUUAUUUCAUUAGACAAAAUCUUGGGAAAAUUGGCCAUCACUCAACGAGUGGCCUUGUGUGUAAGUGUCUGUGCAGCUGUCUUACCUGUCUGUGAGCAUAUCCAUGCCUUUUAGUUGUGCCCAUAUUUCCUGCUGUAGGCAGAUGCUGGGAAUUAUUUCAGUGUUGGACCCUCACCUGUCAUGUUGCUUCUUUAAAGCUGUGGUGUUUUUUUUAGAGUGAGUCAGCGCUGCAGUUGUCACAGUAAGGACCUUGUUCAAAAAAAGCACUUCCCUGAGCACUUUGAAGGCACAUUUUAAAUUGGAGCUGACAUGAAUGACAUGACAGCCACAGUUCACUUUAUUGACAGUCCACCCUGCUCUUUCUUUCUCUGGGAGCACACCACUGACAUCUAGAGGAAGAACUGGGUACUGCAGCCAUAACCUCACCUCACCAUUGCUGCAUGGGUGUAGCAUCAUUUUCCUACCAUGGUUUUUGUAAGGUCAGAUUGUAAGGUCAGAUUCUCUUAAGAGGUUCAAUUGUUAGGAUUUUUCAUCAUUGUAUUUCAAGUAACUUUAACGUUAGAGCUCAUGUAGUGUAAACGUGUGAAUAAAAUAAGAACAGCCAUUAUAAAUCUGGUACACACAAAUUGAGAUUAAGUAGAUUCAGGAUUUGUAGCCACGUGCGUGCAUUUAAUCAGAGAUGAUAAAAAAUUCUUUUUUUACACAGCUAAAAAACUUGCAUGCCACUUCUGCUGUAUAUUUGUGGCAGGGCAUGAAGAUUUAGGAGAUUGGGGCGCAAUGUAGCAUUUAAGGCCCAAGCAAGAGCUGUAAACCAAGCUCACGCUUUUGACUGGACGGAGGCUUUUUAUUGUUGAACAUAAUUGGAAACAACUGUUCCAGGCCUCAGCAUGUUGCCCUUUUAGGAUACAGCAUCACACCUUUAGAAAGGAGACUCCAGCCUGCUCUCGAUUGACUUCAAUAGGUAUUUUGCACAAGUGUAACCACUACACCAGACUCCCGCUGUUGUCCCCGUUAUGCAACCACAUUACCCCAGUCAUUCCCAGUCCAACAGAGACAGUCCGGGUUUGGGAGAGACAGCAGAUAGAACAGACAGUCCAUUCAUCCGUCUGCAUGACUGGAAUGGAGCAUCACAGAAUUCCUCAGCCCCAGCCUGCUGUUACCGUAGAAACCAGCGCGGUAGUGCUCGUUGAGAGUUGCUGAGCUUUUAUCUGGAAGCUUGUGUAUGUGUGCAAACAUUUACGUCUCUGUUUGUUUGAGCUCCAGAAAGGGUGUGCGCAUAUGAACUCACUGUAUGCCUGUUAAUGUUAAACAGAUGCUCACCAAGGUCAAUUAAUUCUGUUUGACACUGAAUUGCAUCUCUGCAUGUCUCCCCAGACUAUCCUCUUUGUCCAAAAGGAGAAAAAAAACGUUCAACCAAUCACUGAAUUCUUAAGGGAGAUUUUAUCAGUCUACACUACCUAUUUACCUUGUAUGUGUCUGUUUGUGUGUGUGUGUGUGAGAGUGUGAUCAAGGAUAGCAGAAUCAAGAGUUUGUGUUUGGGUUGGUGGGUUUGAGCUAACAUCCUAGCAAGCUGUGCUUGGCAGAUGGCCAGACACCAGCCUGAUCCAAACUAAGGAUAGGAGAGGAAUGUAGUUCUUCUUGCGAUCAUUACCCUGUAACCCUGUUAGCCCGUCCAGAUUACACACACUGAUCCUUAAAGAAAGUGUGAAGGGAGUGGGGGAGGAAGAGGAGAGAUUUGGGGAGGAGGACAGAUGGCAAACAGGUGAACAGGAUCAUUAUUUGGGAGACAGAGGUAGGAAAUAGGGGUGACCACUGGUACUUGAGUGUGAACGCUGGCCAGUGGCGUUACCUGUGUAUAUCAAUGCGUUAAUACUGAACUGACUGUGAGGCAGCCAAAGACUGUGGAAAUAAAGGGUUGAGGGAGAGAGGGGAAGCAAAGUGACAGUUUAGAAGAACAAUUGAAUUAAAAAAUGUGACUUUGGUUCAGUGAUAUGUGGCUGCAUUGCUUUUCUUUUUUGUUUAUUUUUUCAACAAUGUUGACAGAUGUCUGUUAAGUUAAAAUCAGAAACAAGCAAACUAUAUUCAAAUGGUUGUUUAUUGGUAUGUCAGGGGGUCUAACAUUUUUCCCUUUAGUCAGUGGUGAUAGAAAUAAAAGUUUCUUUUUUAUGUUUUAUUUUAAUUAUUAAAAAAUACAAAACAUUUUUUAAACGAUUUCUUUGUGAACACUUGAGAGACCAGCCCAGUAUAGUGCAUGAUUUCUUCCUGACCGAGGAAGAGGGCUCCACCACUCUCACUAUUUAAGAGAUGAUAAAAAAAAAUAUUAAGAAAUUAUGGGGGGAUGGGGGUGAGGGUGGGAUAACAAAAUAAUAAAUAAAUGAAGUACUGUAAAGUAAAAAGAUAACAUCAAACUUUAAAAACUUUCAUUAUUUGCUGAGUAUGGUAAUUUGUCUCAAUGGGAAUGAUGUAUACAGCAAGGCCUUAUGUGAUCUGUACCAUAGUUAAUAAAUCAAAUCUUGUAAAACUUC